AUGAUAGGAGAAGGUCGGGAACGACCUACCACUUGUCCGCGGCUCACCUGCGUAUGGAGGUACGGCUGUCCUCAUCCAUCGACGCGUUGUUCACCAACACAAGUCGCAUUAAAUACAUUCAUUCAAUCGUCCUCUGUCCUUAUCCAACUAGAUGGCCAUGAGAUACUCAUUUCAGCUGUCUACAAAUUAUCCGACUCCAGUCUCACGACCAACGACCUAGACCUGUUGACUAAGAGCGCCGAAUGGCAAAUCUCGGCAGGUGAUUUUAACGCCACACACCCCUUGUGGCACAGUUAUUCGACAAACGCUGUCGGACGAGUCCUCUUUGAUCAUGCCCAACUAUCUGACUAUCCAUCACUGCUCAACCCCCACAUACUUCCAAAAAAYGCCAGAUUCAGACCUGACGUACUCGACAUCGCUCUCGUACGACUACCUUACGCAACCCAAAUAUACAAUCUCAACGAACUUUCCACAGACCACUACCCUAUCCUUCUAGAGACCUUAUGUUCUCCAAUAUCUUCUUCCCCUCCAGCUACCAACUACUUCAUUAACUGGACUAAAUACAAAACAAUCCUUACUAACAUACCAAACUUAUCUACUCAACCGAUCAAUGACAGUCAUUCAAUCGACAAGGCAAUCGAUUAUCUGACCAAAAACAUACAACACGCAAUUGAAGCUAGCGUAUUCACACCCAAAACUAAAAACUCUUCACUCUUACUACAAAACUACAUUAAAAAAGAAAUAACUGAAAAGAACAAACUACGCCGCCAAUGGCAAAAUAACCGUAACCCGACCAUUAAACGUUUCUCAUCCAAAGAUCGUGCUGAACUAAUAGCYGAUUCUCUCGAAAGCCAAUUCCAAACUAACCCAAGYCCCGACUUACCAGAAGUAACAGAUCACUGCCACUCACUACAAAAUCUCGACAUAACUAACUCUAACCUAUUCACUACCCCAAUCACCAUACAAAAUCUCAUCAGAAAUCUUCGCAAAAAGAAAUCCCCUGGUGACGAUCUCUUCACCAACACGGCUCUUAAAUUCCUGCCGAACAAUAUUUUAUUAUUCCUGACAAAAAUCAUCAAUAGCUCUUUCAGAAUCUGCUACUUUCCGCUUGCCUGGAAAAAAGCAGUUAUCAUUUCCAUUCCCAAAUCAGGCAGAGACCACAAACUUCCAAAAAAUUACCGACCUAUUUCGCUGCUAUCCUCAUUAUCUAAAAUCUACGAACGUCUCAUCCUCGACCACCUCCAAAACAAUCUCCGUGACAAAAUCCGCCCAGAACAAUUUGCCUUCAGACCUGAACACUCAAUUACUCUACGACUAACCAAACUUACCCAUCAACUCAGCCAGAACUUUAACAACAACCUAAACACCGCAGCCAUCUUCUUUGAUGUUGAGAAAGCUUUUGAUCGAGUCUGGCACCAAGGUCUCCUUUACAAGCUCUCUCAGCUCAAAAUUCCGACUGAAAUCGUUAAAAUCAUCGAAUCCUUUCUUACUGAUCGCACUUUCACUGCCAAAAUCGAAGAUUCAUUCUCAUCCUCCAGAAAUAUCCUCACAGGAGUUCAUCAAGGCUCCUGUCUAUCCCCCACUCUAUAUCUGUCCUACWUAACUACAUACCAACAACUCCAAAAGCCUACCUCUUACUCUUCACCGAUGAUACUAUGUUCUUCACCUCUAACAAAAAUCCCAGGCGUGCGGCUAUACAAUUACAGCACCAACUCAACCUAG